AUGGGGCGGUUGGGCGUAUCACUCAAGAAGCGCGACAAGGUUCCACAGCGUCGCAAACAAAAGCCUCUACGCAAGUUUAAGACCAAAUUCGUUUGUGAUCCAAAGGUGCAACAGAUCUGGGAUCAUAACCUCACCACUCGUCAAAACUAUGCUAAUCUCGGUCUAGAGGCCAAUCCAAACGCCUACGCAACUCUUCGCGAGAGCAUUUUGGGCGCAGAUGGGACUCUUGAGGCAGCAGACGAAGCGCGUCUCUUUGAAGUGCCCGACAGUGACUUUCUGGGUGACCGUAAUCCCAAGCGUAUCGCUAAUUACGUCUCUGAGGAGGAAGCCAAGUAUCUACGUAAGCUCAUCGCCAAGCACGGCAACGACUACACGAAAAUGGGACGUGAUAUAAAGAUUAACAACAUGCAGUGGACCGAACAAAAGCUGCGUCGACGUUGCGCCCGUCUAGCGCUACUGGACGCGAACCUCAUUAGUCAAUCACAGGGUGAACAAGCGUAG